UUCCGUCUCCAGCAGCAUCACCUACCUGAGAGAAAGAGAGGAACAAGCGACGUCGUUUUCUUCCGUCUUCGUCUCCCUCUUUCUCCCUCUAGUACUUCUUCUUUCUUCCGUUCUCAUUCAGAAUUUUAAAGGAUGGCUGAUACCGAGGAUAUUCAACCCCUUGUCUGUGACAAUGGAACUGGAAUGGUGAAGGCUGGUUUUGCUGGUGAUGAUGCUCCCAGGGCAGUUUUUCCCAGCAUUGUUGGUCGACCACGACACACUGGUGUCAUGGUUGGGAUGGGUCAGAAGGAUGCCUAUGUAGGAGAUGAGGCACAAUCUAAAAGAGGUAUCCUUACUUUGAAAUAUCCCAUCGAGCAUGGUAUUGUAAGCAACUGGGAUGAUAUGGAAAAGAUCUGGCAUCAUACAUUCUACAACGAGCUCCGUGUUGCUCCAGAGGAGCACCCAGUUCUUCUCACUGAGGCACCUCUGAACCCCAAGGCCAAUAGAGAAAAGAUGACCCAGAUCAUGUUUGAGACCUUCAAUGCACCUGCCAUGUAUGUUGCCAUCCAGGCCGUUCUCUCUUUGUAUGCCAGUGGUCGUACAACAGGUAUUGUGCUGGAUUCCGGUGAUGGUGUCUCUCACACUGUGCCAAUUUAUGAAGGAUAUGCCCUUCCACAUGCCAUUCUCCGUCUAGAUCUUGCUGGUCGUGAUCUCACUGAUGCUUUGAUGAAGAUUCUUACUGAGAGAGGUUACAUGUUCACCACCACUGCUGAACGGGAAAUUGUCCGUGACAUGAAAGAGAAGCUUGCAUAUGUUGCUCUGGACUACGAGCAGGAACUAGAGACUGCCAAAAGCAGCUCUUCUGUUGAGAAGAACUAUGAGUUACCUGAUGGACAAGUCAUUACUAUUGGUGCUGAGAGAUUCCGUUGUCCCGAGGUCCUGUUCCAGCCAUCUCUCAUUGGAAUGGAAGCAGCUGGAAUCCAUGAAACUACAUACAACUCUAUCAUGAAGUGUGAUGUGGAUAUCAGGAAGGAUCUCUACGGCAACAUUGUGCUCAGUGGUGGUUCAACUAUGUUCCCUGGCAUUGCAGACCGUAUGAGCAAGGAAAUCACCGCCCUUGCUCCAAGCAGCAUGAAGAUCAAGGUCGUUGCACCACCAGAGAGAAAGUACAGUGUCUGGAUUGGAGGAUCCAUCUUGGCAUCACUCAGCACCUUCCAGCAGAUGUGGAUUUCCAAGGGCGAGUACGAUGAGUCUGGUCCAUCCAUUGUCCACAGGAAGUGUUUCUAAAAGGCUUUGUAAGUGCUUUCUUGGUCA